AUGAAGAAUUUUUCAUUGACGUGCCAUGCACUCAACGUCUCAGUCCGUGAGUACGUUCUUUCAAAUAAUGCAGCAAAAAGAUUUCAAUAUCAAGUGUCACAAGACAGUUCUGAACUACACAAGGAGGUGACUAAAAGCUAUGCUUGGGGAAAAUUGUUAAAUAUGUGCACGAUUUGUUCCCCUGCAAGUCAGAAAUCAAGUGUCAUGAUUUCUUUUUAUCUCAAGGUUGAACUUUAUCAUUCCAUAAUAUCAACACCAUUUUUGGCUUACAGAAGCUUAAAUUGGGAUCCAGUAGUGUGUACUGAAUUCAUGAAUUCCGUGAUAGCAUUCAGCGAAACGGAACCACUGCUUGUCGAAACCAUAUCUGCAAAAGCUGGCGAAAAAUGUGAUCUUGAAAUGGAAAUACGGAAACGCUUUCAUGGCUUCUUUCUUGAUCAGAAUAGAGAAUUAACACCAGCUUAUGGUUUGUGGAUGUCGAUGCUUCUUCAUACGCAAAAAACAAUGGAAGACAAAGGACGACUAUUUAUGAUCUUAUUUGGCCCUACUAAAUGCAUUUCUGGCAAAGAAUUAAUUGAUUGGAACACGUUGUCAGAAAAGAAUCUCACUAAAGCUGAAUCUAAUCGGAUUAUUCAGCCUUUAUCGUCAAAAAUUUAUUGUCUGUUGUCAUUACGAGAAUUAAAUUUGGAGUUCAGCUGGUGCUAUAUUGCACUUUUCAAUUUAAUGGAAGAAAUCACAAGUGCACCUAAAUCUUGGACACUUGAUAACUUUGCGUGCUUACUGUUAAUGGAAUCAAAAUUAAUGCGUAUAGCAUUUUACUUCCGACUAAAUCAUAGUGCAUGGAAAGAAGCUGCGACAAUAUUUCAUGCUAUAAAAGCGGUCUACCACCGACGAGGAUGUGAACGAUUAGAAAAUUUCACAGCUACCUUUUUAAAUAUAUUCCGCUUACUCAGUCCACUUCAGCGUCGACACUUUUUUGCGCAAAUAAUUAUGAUGCAGACACAGAUUUUGAGAAGCCAUCUCCAUAACCGGCCAUGUCAGUACUUCAUUGUUCAUUUUUUUAUGAACCUCAAUCGUCGGAAGUUUCAUAAUGAAAUGGCCGCAACCGGUAAUAUUGCACCACUUCUGACGCUACUUUCCAUGAACAUCGUCAAUUAA